AACAAUUUACUGAAAGACCAGAUAAACAGUUUGUUGGAUUUCAUUGUAAUUUGACGAAUUUAAAUUUUGGAAGACCAACAAGGCCCAACAUUCAUGAUACACGCACUGUAAAGGCUGUGCAAAUGGGCAAUUAGCAGUGACCAUAUUUCAAAAUUAAAUUCAUUUAUAUAAUACAAAAUACUUAAACGUGAUCUGCUUUUUCUGCUUCAUUGAAACCACUGCUGUACUAAUAACCCCCUUUUAUGGCUAUAAUUUUAGCAUUUUGUUCACAUUAGUGAAAAAAAGACAUUUGGAUGUGCUCUUUUUUUCUCCUUAAUACAUUUCCGAGGAUUCGGACCAGAACUGGGUAUCAGCAGAUCUUUAAAAUCAGACGUCAACAUGGAAUUUUCAGACGAUUUGAACCAACUGGAGCUUCUAAAUACACAUGGCCAUCUGAUUCCGCAAGGGGCUAGCAGCCUUUGGACAGGAAGUAAGGAUGAAGAAGGAGAAUUGGAGGAUGAAGAUGAGGUUCACAGUGAGGAAUGGUACCUACAUAAAGAAGAAGAUCUCAAAGACAAACCAGCUGAUCUGAUUCUUUGGGCUGCAGAACACAACCGUUUGCCCACUGUCAAGCGAUUGUUAGCUGCAGAAGCUUCGUUGGUACACAGCACAGAUGAGGACGCUUACACCCCCAUUCACCGCGCAGCCUAUAGCGGUCACGUGGACUUGGCAGCUUUCUUGCUGGCUUCCGGCUCAAAAGUGAACCCACGGACCGUCGACGGUUGGACGCCCCUGCACAGCGCCUGCCGCUGGGGACAUGUUGCCACGGCGACAUUGCUCCUGCAUCACGGUGCCGACGUCAACGCGCAGACCAACGGAGGCCUCACACCUCUACACUUAGCGGCAUCGCACAGCACUUCAUCCAAAACAGACUGGCGACACACUUUGGAGCUCCUACUUUCUCAGCGUCACCUAAAGCCUGGACUUCGUAGCAACAGUGGGGAAAGUGCCAGUGAGCUAGCCAGACGGAGUGGACCCUAUCACUUCCUGUUUGAGAUGGUCGAAGAUUGUGCCAGUGUACUUCCCAGCCCAUAAUGGUGUUCUUUAACUGGACAGAAAACACCUAAUAUAAAUGACUUUUGAAAGAUGGUUGCUCAAAGUACUUAAGUAUGCAAAUUUGAAUUUCUUACAUUGGGGAGAAUAGUGUUUAAAUAUCUAUGAAAUACGGCAGCAAGUGACUUUAAAAUGAUAGCAGAACAUAUUUUGGACACAAAUCUAUCUGAAAAAGUGACAGAAAAGGCUAAAUAAUGAAAUUAGAUCCUAAUUACUCUUCCUUUCUUAGCUGGCUUUGCCAGUGGCGCGCGAAGUGGGGUGCUGAGGGUGCUGCAGCACCCCCUGGUGUUGGGGAGGAAAAAAAGUUUUUUUUUGUUAUUACGUCAAAAUAUUUGACGCAUUUAACGCAUGCACGAAAUUAUCGGCUCAUGCAUUGCCUCAAACAGAUUAUAAUGACGCAGUUUUUGCAUAUUGAAAGCUAAAACGGCAGUGAAAUAAGAGUGGACAUGGGCGUCCAUUGGACCACGCCUUUUAUUGGCAUAAGCUUUGGCAACUCGUUCACAUCAAACAUAUCUAUUGUUGUGAGCCACGUGGGGAAGAAAGACAGGAGAUGAUCUUUUUCUUAACACCCUGUAUUGUACACAACGCAGAGAAGAUGUACCAUUUGCAGCCACCACAGACAGUCAUGGUUGCCCAACUUCCUAUCAUGCAUUUGGGAGGAACAGUUAAGUCGCUACAGUAUCAUUUAGUGAAAGCACAACAAAAAUAAAAUUCCUAUCCCUUAAAAAAUAAUGUUCACAAAAAGAAAAGCGCUCAAUGCAAAGAGAACUGGCAUUCCCUAUCAAAAUAGCUAUGCAUAAUAUACAUAAAACUUACUUUGUCAAGGCUAGAUCUGUAAUUAAUUUAAAACUCGUCAUUGACACCUUGUGGUGUAUUUCAAUCACUACCUUACGUAGUUAAAGACACUGUGGAAGAACUGCAGGGAGCCCAUGGACAUCAACAAUGGCGAGCUAUUUAUUUUUUGAUUGAAAAUUUGACAAAUUUUAUUAAAAUGAAAACAUUAAGAGGGGUUUUAAUUAGGGCUGUCAAAUGAUUAAAAUUUUUAAUCGAGUUAAUUACAGCUUAAAAAUGUAUUAAUCGUAAUUAAUCGCAAUUAAUCACAAUUCAAACCAUCUCUAAAAUAUGCCAUAUUUUACUGUAAAUUAUUGUUGGAAUGGAAAGAUAAGACACGACGGAUAUACAGGACUGUCUCAGGAAAUUAGAAUAUUGUGAUAAAGUUCUUUACUCUCUGUAAUGCAAUUAAAAAAACAAAAAUGUCAUACAUUCUGGAUUCAUUACACAUCAACUGAACUAUUUCAAGCCUUUUAUUAUUUGAAUAUUGCUGAUUUUGGCUUACAGCUUAAGAAACCUCAAAAAUCCUAUAUCAAAAAAUUAGAAUACUUCCUCAGACCAAGUAAAAAAAUAAUUUUAUAACAGCAAAACUAAAUCAAACAUUUGAAAAUGUCCAUUGAUGCACUCAGUACUUGGUUGGGAAUCCUUUUGCACGGAUUACUGCAUCAAUCCGGCGUGGCAUGGAGGCAAUCAGCCUGUGGCAUUGCUGAGGUGUUAUUGAUGCCCAGGAUGCUUCGAUAGCGGCCUUCAGCUC